AAAUAUAUCGCUCGCUUACUUGUCUAUGUGAGCAGUGGAAUCUACUGAAUCUACUUUUUCCCAGAGAAGUCAUUAUAAUUACAAAAUAUGAUAGUAGACAAGUUGCAGAAACCUGUAAAAUCCCUUAAAACAUACCACAACCUGUGAUGCUAACUGAUCUUGAUAUUCGGAAGGGAUUAAUUUCAACUCGGCGACAUGACGCGAACUUCUUUCCUUUAUGUCGUACAAUAUGGCCGCCGUGUUGUAUUUGUCCAUUGUUGUUUACGGCGGAUCGGCAGACUGCGACAGUUAUGACUGUGUUACAGUGAAAAGAUAAAGUUUUUCAAAAGACAAGUGUGACAUUGGACACGUUUUAUUUUAUUGAUAGUGUAAUUAGGAAUCUUAUUGAAAUACGUGCAAUUCAUAGUUUGUGUUUUCGAUGCUAGACCGGUGAAUAAGUGGAGUGCGUGCAGUGAUUAUUUUUAUAACGAAUUGGUAGCAGUGUAUUAUCAACUCGAGAUGUCACAACAUGAACGGACGCGAUGAGCUCGCCGCGCCGUCCGAUCUCAGUGCAUCCCCGCAACUCAUGGGCGUGGAGCGCGGCGUCGGCGGGCGCGCGCUCAAUGGCGGCGCGACUGGGGGCGCCGCGGCGGCCGCGCCAGCGCCUGUCGCCCCGCCCGCGCCUCCCGCCUCGCCCGACGGCGCCGAGCCGCCGCGUAAGCGCGCGCGCCCCUCACGGCCCGACGACGCGCCAGCGCUGCGCCGAGCAAUCCUCGAUUGUCACUUACAGCGUCUGAAGGCGCUACGCGAAAGGUUCACGGAGCAGCUGAGCGAGCUGUAUUUCCUGCAGGCGGGUGGCAACAUGAUGGACUAUGCGACGUGGCGGCGGCGACCGGCAACGCCGCAGCUGGUGGCGUUUUUGGAGGCACGCCGGCCUCCGCCUGCGACUGAACAGGUCCCUACUGUGUCUAUGCCAGUCGCAACGGCAACGCCCGCGCCUUUGAUUAUACCUGCCGUGGCCAAUCUGACGCCCGCAAGCACGCCGGUCGUUUCGCCUGCGCCAGUUUCUGCCACAGUACAAAUUGCUGCCCCUACGCCGACUCCUGCGCCUGCACUGGCGCCGGUCCCAAUUCUGACGCCCAUCAACACACCGCUGCCGGCCGCUGCGGCGCCCGUCACCAACACCACUCCAAUCCCUACGCCCACAAUCACACCCACUCCCACCCCCGCGGGAGCACCAGCGGCGCCACCUGUGCCUGCGCCUGCGUCUACAGCUGCGCCUGCUGACGAGAUGGUGGAGAAGGCCAAGCAAGAGGCAUACGUGGCGCGGCGUGUGACGGAGCUGGCGCGCGCUGGCUUGUGGACAGAACGGCGGCUGCCGCGCGUGCUGGAACCUCCACGCUCGAAGUCACACUGGGAUUAUCUGCUCGAGGAGAUGGCCUGGCUCGCCCAGGACUUUGCUCAUGAACGCAAAUGGAAGAAACAAGCCGCUCGUAAAUGUGCUCGUGCAGUUCAGAAAUAUUUCCAAGACAAAGCUUUGGCGGCACAAAGGGCAGAAAAGGCUCAAGAGAUGCAACUUAAAAAAAUUGCAGCUUUUGCGGCAAAAGAAAUUCGCACAUUCUGGUCAAACGUGGAAAAA